UGCUGGGGGAGUCGUGCAGCGAGCAUCAUGUUGUAUCACCUGUUGCUGCAGACAGUAAAGACACAACAGUCAGCAGGUGUAUCCAUCGGUCAGCCUCACCUGCUGCUGUAUGAUAACUGUGAAGACAAGGAGAAGGCCAUCAACGACUUGUCACAGGCAGCAAGAGGAGGGUCGUUGUACGUCAUCGCUGAUGAAGUGAGCGGGUCAUACUUCCACACUGUGUGUGACAAGCUGCGGAGACAAGUUCCUGAUCUCCAUCUUUGGGCGGCGAGUUGUUACCAUGAACACGCACACGCUGGCUGGCAAGUGGAAUAUUUAACCAGACCACUCCGCUCUCCUCCAGCCGUCGUCAGGGAAGUCGAGCAGGACUUGAGUUUCACUAUGGACCGUACUGUCAAGCCAUACAGUGAGCGAGCUGUACCCGACCACACAGACGGCCCGCCAGUCACACGACUGUAUCACCGAGGUCAAGGUCACUCAGGUCGCUUGCCAGGUGACUGUGUGACGUGCGGUCGUGACGUGGCCAGCUUCCUACACAGUCUCCGUGUUGGUGUUACAGAGAAUGUCACGACAACAGCCACGACCGUCACCUCCACCAACGGCGGCACAACACCGCCCUGCCUGCAGUGGAGAGACGUGCUGGUGUUGUACUGGGAUGACAUUAGUGACGACUCGGGUAUGAUGAAGGGACUGAAAGAAGCGGGUAUCCCAGUGCAGGUGAUGAAGGACGAUGACAUCGACGACGUUGCCACGGCCCGCAGUGACGUGGUGUGGGUGACGAGUUUAUUUAGUGUUUGUGGUCUGGAGAGAAAAGUCGUCGUCUGUCUGGAGGAUCUAGGGUUAGUCCGGUUCUACUCCAUGUCGCGCUGUACGUCACAACUUGUGAUUGUCUCUCCUUAGGACAAACUAAAGGGU